GCCAAGGCACCUGCAUUGUAAACAGCGGUAGAACAAGAAUUAGCAGCUAAUAUUGUAGCAUGUCCGAUUGAAUGAGGAAAUGGCGACGAUCGCAUAUGUAUAUACCUUAUCAAUUUGAUAGUUACCGCUUGUUUCUGUAAUAAUAAAUGUAUCGAAGUAGAUGUGAGUAGCUGGCGCUCCGUCUCACAUAUAGCUCGUUGGUUUUGAAAUGAACGCUCUUGUUGGCUACAGCGGCUCAUCUGAGUCCGACAGUGAUGGAGACUCCGAGAAUGUAAACAGUAAUCGUGGAGGGUAAGCAUGAGAACGGAUGUCGUUGAUGGGGCUCCACCGGACAAGAAGACCCGGAACUACUUACUAGAGACUGAUUCUGCCACCAGUGAGUCUGAUGAAUCUGACCACGGACACCUGGAAUCUUACAAGUCGUUACAGCCAAGUAAAAAACAGUCCAGUCUGACUUCUUCUUCUCCCGCCACAACCAGCCCUCACAAACUGCCCCCUCCUAGUCUGCAUGGCUGCUCAGAAAGCAGCGUGUUUGCAAACCCAUUCAAAGCUCAGGCUGAGCAAAAACUCAGUGCCUUGCAGAAACAUGUCCCGCUCACAAUGCAGGCCAAGCCCUCUCAGAUUGGAGGCAAGAGGAUAUGCGUCUCCUACAGGAAAAGUGGAAGAUGUAGAUUCGGGAUCAAGUGCAAGUUUGCACACGACAGUGAUCUCCAGACAACAGUUACUUCCAAUGACUCUCAUGCAAGUUUGAGUGACGAGGGGGAAGUUGGGUCACGCACGGGCACCUCUCAGAAGACCCCGAAAGAGGCUGAGAAAGACGAGUCAGAAGGCCAGAUGAUGAAGAAGCGCAGGGUUGGUGUGAGCGACACACUGAUCCCUCCUAAGAAAGCCAUGAAGCAGUUCAACAUGCUGAGAAGCAAAGAACGCCACAAUAUGUACUGAUGUAAACAUUAGGUGGGACACUGUAAAGAUGGCUGAUAAAAAGUGACUUCCUGUCUACCCAUAAAUCUCAUCUGGAGUACCAAUAAACAAUAAGUUUGUUGUUAAGACAUUUAUUUACAUCUUAUAAAUGAAGAGUUGGCAUAUCUGCUCCAAGAGCAUCCCGACCACAAAGCUUGCAGCACAUUUUGCUCAAAGCCCAAACUGCAAACAAUUAUCUGUACAGGUCAUCAAGCUGACAGCCACGAACAAGCAAUGACAGGUUCAGUUACUGAGUACAAGAACAACCUCUUUUCAUGUUAUAUAAAUAGACAAUCUUCUUUUUAAUCCCGACAGUAGACUUUGACAAGGUGUUUAUCCACAGGUGGCGUUCGACUCAGCAUGACUUAGAUUUGUUCUUGAUUUUACUGCUUGGUGCUUUCCACCGCCUUUAUUACCGAUUCGUCUUACUGUUUAUUGUGUAUGUUAAAUCGCUCCAUGUACAGCACUUUGUAUGCAGCGGUGGCUGUUCGAAAGUGCUCUAUAAAUACUGUUGACUUGACUUGACUAACAGUUCAGGUGUUAACUGAAAACGCAAAUACAAUAUGUUAGUGACAGUCCUAAUGUCAAUAGUCAUUAUAUAUAAUGUGGACUUAAUAAACACAUGGCUUAAUUAACA